AGACGGAUCCGGUCGAACAGGGACUUUUAUCUGUAUAAAUGAACUUUUGGACGUUAUUCGAAAGGAUAAAAUCGGUGCCAACAUUCCUUUAGCUCAAUACACCCUAAAGGUGGCCACUGCCAGGCCUCAAAUGAUUGAUAGUGUGGAGCAGUACACAUUCAUCUACACAGUUCUCGCAGAAUGGGUUAGAUCCGGUGGAGAAACAAGUAUUCCCCUAACCAAACUUCCCGAAGUUGUACACCAGUUGCAUAAGCCUCUAAGAUCUGGAUAUGGGACUGGAAAUUGUUCUUCCAAGUAUGAGGCCGAACUUAUGCUCAUAACUCGAUUGGUGAAACCGUUGACUGUCGGUGAAUGUGCAGGCGGACAUCGAAUAGAAAAUCGAAGAAAGAGUAGAAAUGUUCUCAUUCAACCCCCUGAACGGGCUCGACCGUACCUUACAACGCAGGAUAGCGGGGAUCAAAACGACUACAUUAACGCUGUUUUCGUAGAUGGAUAUCGUGAGAAGAAUCAGUACAUUGUUACUCAAUGGCCUUUGAUAUCAACAAUCAGCGAUUUUUGGUGCCUUGUGGUGGAUUUUCAGGUCUCCGCAAUUGUAUUAAUCCAUCCCUACACCUACGGAGAUCAAAAAUAUCCCGUAUUCUGGCCAUCAAUAAAGACAGCCACACAGUCGUCAAUUCACUACGGUCCCAUUGGGUUGGAAAUGCGCGAGGUGUACGAGGAGACGGAUGUAAUGCCAGGGGCUUUCCUACUCUCCAUCAAAAAACGCGGCACAUCAGCCUUUAAUCCGUUUAUGCCAAAUCGAAAUGAUAAUAUCUGUCGGGAUGUAAUGCUUCUCACCACUAGAAAAUGGCCUGAUUCAGACAUCCCAGUCACUUCUUGUGAUAUCAUCGUUCAAAUGGCCUACCUUGCAAGGGAGUGGAACUCCAUGACUGACACCUCAAGUCCCAUACUCGUUGUCAGCCAGUAA